AGGGAAGCACAGAGGGAAGCACAGAGGGAAGCUGAGCACAAACUCAAAGAGACUGGUGUGUAUUCUCUCCGACAGUGGGACGUGUAUGAUAAAAAGGAACAAGUUAACCCUUUGGUGAGAGCAGUGUUAAAUGCAGCUCUUGACGCAAUACGGAGCUAUGAGAAGAAGGAGGAGGAGGAACGCCAACGUCAACUGAGGGAAGAAGAGCAACGCCGACAGGUAGGGGAAACCCUGUCAGGCGUCUACGAGUCUGUAUUUAAUGCUACAUGGAACCAUGUGAUGAAAGUCUCUGGUGACAGCGAAGGAGUCGGAAUGGAGGUGAGGGAAGGCAGGCCGUCGAGGGAAUGGACAGACAAAGAGGUGAAAUAUUUUCCUCUUGGUGGUGCAAUAAAGGGGAAGAGCAAAAAGAGCACCAGCGCAAAGGGGGUGGCGAAAACGAAGGGACCACUUGCUGAGCUAAUUGUACUCCAUUCUGAAAAGGGUUGGCCUUAUGAUGUUUUUGAAGAGCUUGGAGAGUGUGACUGUUAUGUUACAAGGGAAAUUGUCCGCGUUUGGAUGAUUGUUGAAACGGAUAUAAAAAAUUGGCUUGUUCAAAAUGCAGGAAGAGUAAGGGCCACGUUACGCCUUUUGAUUGGGACACCUGGUAUAGGGAAGUCAAUGGGGACUGGCUCGUAUCUCCUCUACCAACUGCUGCACUAUGACAAGGAACGACUUCCAGUGGUUGCAUACUUCGUUUCAGGAAAGAUGUAUCUCUUUGACAAGGUUAGAAACCAGGUGCGUUUUUACCGAUCACAAAAGGAAGCCGAGGCAAUAAUCUCAAUGUUGUCCAAGAGUGUGAGGGGAUACAUUAUCUACGAUGUGGCAAAACAAGGAAGUGAGCCGUCGAUUGAUAUGCCUCCUACUGCUUGGGGCAUGAUUCUUUUGAGCUCUCCAAACAAGGACAACUUCAAAGGAUGGGAGAAGCGAAGAAGAGCACGGCGUACCAUAAUAGAGUGUCCCAGCAUGAGUGAACUGAAGGCGAUGUGUGUGUGGAUACACCGCGAUAAAGCAGAGAAGAAAAAACAGAAAGAAUGGAAGGUUGUGGAAGAGCGCAUAAGCAAUGUGGGACCGAUUCCCCGCUACAUUUUCUGUAGUGAAAGUGAGUACGGCGAUCGUCUUGAUGCGGUCGAUGAGGCGUUGAGCUGUAUCACGCCGUCCAAUGCCGAGUUAUACUUUGGAGUGAACAAAGAGGGUUCAUGGCAAGGCCAAGAUCCCUGCCACAAGCUUGUGGAAAUCAAGCGUGUUUCCACGGGAAGAGGGACCGAGAAAUACUACAACGAUCCACUGACAAAUCCGAUAAGGGAUAGAAUAAGGGAUCGGGUCGGCGAUGCCCUUGACACCUCUGCUCUUUUGAUGUCAUUGUUGCUUCCAUUUGAGGAGAUGGUGCCGAAGAUUAUGGAGACAUUUGCAGUUGCGGCAUUUUUGCACGAGGAGUUCGUGAAAAGAGUACACAAGAAACUCAAAGAGAUUGUUCCA